AUGUCGCGACCUGUUCCUAUGGUGUCGGUGUUCCGCCCCAUUUGGCGGCGGAACUUCUCGGCUUCCACCACUAAGAGAGCUAUCGACAAGCGAUGUGCCUCCGCCAGCGAGGCCGUUAAGAACAUGAAGGGACCGGCCACCGUGCUGGUUGGUGGUUUCGGCUUCUCCGGUGUCCCCAACACCCUAAUUGAUGCUGUUCGCGACCGUCCCGACAUCAAGGACCUGACCGUUGUUUCCAACAAUGCUGGCAUGCCCGGCGCUGGUCUCGGUCAAUUGCUCGAGUCGAAGCAGAUCACCAAGAUGAUUGCUUCUUUCAUCGGCGAGAACAAGGUCUUUGAGAAGAUGUAUCUCACUGGUGAACUUUCUCUGGAGCUGACUCCCCAGGGCACUAUCGCCGAGAAGUGCGCUGCUGGAGCUGCUGGCGUUCCUGCUUUCUACACCCCUGCUGCUUUUGGUACUAUCAUUCAAACCGGUGAACUCCCCGUUCGUUACAACAAGGAUGGCUCUGUGGCCGAGAUGUCCAAGCCCAAAGAAACCCGUGUUUUCAACGGCAAGGAAUACCUUUUGGAAGAAUCGAUCUACGGUGACUACGCUCUGAUCAAGGUCCACAAGGCCGAUCGUCUGGGCAACUGUCAGUUCCGCAAGGCUAUGAACAACUUCAACGAGGCCAUGGCCAAGAACGCUAAGAUUACUCUCGUCGAGGCUGAUCACAUUGUCGAGGUUGGCGAGAUUGCUCCCGAGGACAUCCACCUGCAGGGCAUCUACGUCGACGCUAUCAUCCAGAGCAACGGAAAGACUCAGAUUGAGAAGGUUACCUACGCCAAGGACCCCAGUGAGAUGCUCGCUGCUGGUUCCGGUGAGGCUACCGCUCGCCGUGAGCGUAUCGUCAAGCGUGCCGCCAAGGAGUUCAAGGAUGGCAUGUACGUCAACCUUGGUAUUGGAAUUCCCCUGAUCGCCCCCUCCUACCUUCCCGAAGGUGUUGAGGUUGUUCUGCAGGCCGAGAACGGUAUCCUGGGUCUGGGUGGCUACCCCCAGCCCGGUGAGGAGGACCCUGAUCUGAUCAACCCCGGCAAGGAGACCGUCACCCUCAGCCGUGGUGCUUCCCUGUUCGGCUCUCACGAGAGCUUCGGUAUGAUUCGCGCUGGAAAGAUUGAUCUUACUAUGCUUGGUGCUCUCCAGGUUAGCCAGUAUGGCGACCUCGCCAACUUCAUGCUUCCCGGUAAGGUCAAGGGUGUCGGUGGUGCCAUGGACUUGGUCGCCAACCCCGAGAAGACCAAGGUCGUUGUUACCAUGGAACACACCGACAAGAAGGGCAACCCCAAGAUUCUGGCCGACCCCACCGAGGGUCUGACUUUGAUUGAGCACGCCGAGGGCGUCACUGUCGAGGAAAUUCGCAGCAAGACUGCUGCUCCCUUCAAGGUCUCCGAGGACCUGAAGCCCAUGCAACUGUAA